UUGUUAGCGGUAAAGCCUCAGAUAUAUAAGGAGCAGACAGAUGAGGUCUCAGUCGCUGUGAGAGCCAUACACCCCUCACCUGCACACACACACACACAUAACACACACACACAUACACAUCCGCCACACGCCUCCACCUCCUGCACCGUUCCCCUUCAUUCCUGCGCACAUCCCCUACGGUGGUCUGACCGGAUGAGUUACUCGGUGGACACGAUAGGGAGCCCUUUCAGGAGAAGCAUGGAUACUAGGACGACUAGCUACGGCUACAGCCGCUCCAGCGGCACCCCCUCUAGCGGCUUUCGCUCCCAGUCUUGGUCCCGGGCAAGCCCCGGCUCCACCAUGACCACGUCUUACAAGAGGAGCGUGAAUGUGCCGGCAUCCCGGGCUUACAGCUCAACGGUGCUCAGCUCCGCCGACAGCGUUGAUUAUAGUCAAACCUCCAUCCUGAACGGAGACUACAAGCGAUCUAAUGAGAAAGAGCAACUUCAAGGGCUCAACGACCGGUUUGUCGUUUACAUUGACAAGGUGCACUACCUGGAGCAGCAGAACAAGCAGAUCGAGGAUGAGAUCCAGGCACUGCGGCAGAAGCAGGUGUCGCGCUCCCAGCUGGGCGACCUCUACGACCAGGAGCUGCAGGAGCUGCGCUCGAUGCUGGAGCAAAUCCACCACGACAAGGCGCAAAUUCAGCUCGACACUGACCAUAUCGAGGAGGACAUCCAGCGCCUCAGGGACCGCUUUGACGAAGAGGCUCGCAUCCGGGAGGAGACAGAGGCCAUCAUCCGCGUCCUGAGGAAGGACACGGGCGACUCGGAGUUGGUGAAGUCUGAGUUGGAGAAGAAAGUUCAGUCGCUCCAGGAUGAGAUCGCCUUCAUCCGCAACAACCACGAGGAAGAGGUGAGCGACCUCAUCGCCCAGAUCCAGGCGUCUCAGGUGACCGUGGAGAGGAAGGAUCAUCAGAAGGCAGACAUCACCGAGGCGCUGCGGGAGAUCCGCUGCGAGCUGGAGGGCCACUCCAACCAGAACCUGCAGCAGGUGGAAAACUGGUUCAUGUGCCGCUACGCCAAGCUCACCGAAGCUGCGGAGCAGAACAAAGACGCCAUAAAGUCCGCCCGUGAUGAGAUCUCCGACUAUCGCCGCCAGCUGCAGUCCAAGACGGUGGAGUUGGAGUCCGUCCGCGGGACAAGAGACUCACUGGAGAGGCAGCUGAAUGACAUCGAGGACCGCCACAACAGCGACCUGGCCAGCCUGCAGGAGACAAUUCACCAGCUGGAUAAUGAGCUCAAGAGCACCAAAUGGGAGAUGGCUCGUCACCUGCGCGAGUACCAGGACCUGCUCAAUGUCAAGAUGGCCUUGGACAUUGAGAUUGCUGCAUACAGGAAACUCCUAGAGGGCGAGGAGACCCACUUUAGCACUUUCCCUUAUCGCCACACUGUCACCUCCACCAAGAUCUCUAAGUCUAAAUCAGAAACUCCCAAACUUAAGGUGCAGCACAAGUUUGUGGAGGAGAUCAUCGAGGAGACCAGGGUGGAGGAUGACAAGGCCGACAUUGACGAGGCCCUGGCUGAGAUAGCACAGGAGCUGUCUGCCACACUCGGAGGGGGAGCUGAGGAGGGAGAGGAGGAGGGGGAAGAGGGAGGAGCGGGAGAGGAAGCACAGGAUGAUGGGGAAGAGGGAGAGGCAGAGGGCGUGGAGGAGGAAGUUGUAGCCGCCACGGAAGCCAAAGUUAGCGCUAGCGCACUCACUAAGGAGGAAGAGGAAGAGGAGGAUGGAAAGGGUGGUGAUGAGGAAGAAGAGGGGGAGGGAGAAGGCGGUGAAGAAGGAGAGAAGGAAGAAGAAGGUGAGGGAGAGGAUGAGGGAGAAAAGGGGGAUGAUGCAGAGGGAGGAGAUGAAGGAGAAGGAGAAGAAGGAGGAGAGGAGGAGGAGGAGGAAGUUGAGGAGACAGUAUUGUGCUCCAAAGCUCCAGAGUCUAAAGCCUCUCCUGACAAAGAGAAGGCCGGAGACAAAGAUGGCAGCGGUGGAGAGGAGGAAGCUGCCGCUGAAGAGGAGGGUGGCGAUCAGGAUGAAGAUGCCAGCAUUGACAAAGCAUCCAAAAGCGGAGAUGAGAAAGAGGAAAAAGAGGACGCAGACAAAAGCAAAAAGGAAGAUAGUGAAAAAGACGAGAAGAAGGUGAAAGACGACAAAGCGGACGACAAAUCAGAAGAAGCUGUAGCCAAGACAGAAGCUCCGAAAGCAGAAGCUGCAAAGCCUGAGGCCAAGAAGGAAGAGGCUGCCAAAACAGAUUCUCCAAAGUCGGAAUCCCCAAAGCCUGGAUCCCCCAAGUCUGAAUCACCUAAACCUGAGUCUCCUAAAUCUGAAUCUCCCAAGCCUGCAUCUCCAAAGUCUGAGUCCCCCAAAGAGGGCUCACCGAAGGCUGGAUCCCCAAAACCAAGCUCCCCAAAAGCUGAGUCACCUAAGUCAGAGUCCCCAAAACCUGAAUCUCCAAAAGCUGAGUCCCCAAAGACAGAGACUGCCAAACCUGAGGCUCCUAAGGCUGCUGAAGAGAAAUCAGAGAAGACGAGUGACUCAACCGAAGACAAGAAGGUCGAAAAGAAGGAUGCGGCCAUGAAUGGUGAUUUAGACAAGAGCAGCCCAGAAGAGAAACAGAAGAAGGAUGAGGGGAAAGAAGCCGACGUCAUCGCAAACGGAGUGGAUGAGAGCCCUGUCAAGGAAGAUGGCAGCCAGAAAGUGGUGAUCACCAAAACCGUGGAGACCAUCACCACCGGAGAGGACGGGUCCAAGCAUGUCACCAAAUCUGUCACUGUGACCGAGACAAUGAAGGAGGUGGAGGAGAUGGAGGAGGUGGUGCAGGAGAAGCUGGUCUCCACCAAGAAGACGGAGAAGCACUCCACCCAGUCCAUCAAGCAGGUGACAGAGGGUGACUGAGCAGACUCCAGAUGGCCGAUCCAGCGGAGGAAAGGGUGA